AUGAUACUGCUUACAAGCAAGGGUGUUGAGGGAUUUCCGUUUACGAAGUCCUCUGGUGUUGUGGAGCUGACGCCUGCAAGUUUUAAUCGAUUCGUGUCUUCACACAAGCCAGUCUACAUUCUCUUCUAUGCCCCGUGGUGCGGGCACUGCCGCAAAAUUCACCCGGAGUGGGAGAAGUUUGCUCAGGCUGUUCAAGGCACCAUACGUGUGGGUGCUAUCAAUGCGGACGAACACUCGCAGCUUGGACACCAGUUUGGCGUUCGUGGCUUUCCAACUAUUAAAUACUGGAACGUGGGUGAGAAGGAUAUUAACAAGGCACAGGAGUACGGUGGGCCGCGACAGGCGGGGGCGAUUCAAUCCAGCGCGAUGAGUCAAAUAACUUCUGCUGGCAUAAAAACAAUUGCGAGCAGCGAUGCCCUGAGGAAGGCAGUGCGCAUGGCACCUGAGAAGAAGGUGGUGGUUCUCUUCUCCUCGAAGCAACGUGUUCCUGCUAUUUUCUCUGUCUUGUCACACUCCCCACGUUUGAAGUCUAUGCCGUUUUGUUUUGUUGGUGGGCAGGUGAAAAAUGAACUCGCAGCGGAGUUUGGAGUACAGGCAUUUCCGAGCAUUGCCGUUCUCAAUGCCACUGAUGGCGAGAUCAAGACGGUGGUCUACCCGGGGAAACAGAUAGCCUACGAACCUAUUGCCAAAUUCUUGUUGGAGUCUGCAACAAAUGUUUCUGACAAAUCGGCUACCGCGACUGAAAAUGCUACGGACAGACCUAACGUAAACGACAGUGACAAGGGCGGGAAUGGCACUGCUGCUGGUGCCGGUGGUAGUGGUGGUAGGUAG